CCUUAAGUUUCUGAAAAAAUAAAAUAAAAUACAUUAAAAAAAACACAGUUUGAAACGAUACGCAGUGUCGGAUUCUUUUCUUGUGUCUCAACGCCAGCUGACAGCACACACACACACACACACAAAAAGGUAAGAUUGUAAAUAUAGCAUACGAUGCUGUAUAUGCCUUUUUUUUUCUGGACGCUAGAAACACAAGAGAGCUAGAUAACCAUCUUAACUGCUUUAUUGUGGUGGUGGUGGACACGCCAAAACCUUGAAGACAAAACUCAGAAAGAAAAAAAAGACAGACCGGAAUCUAAGUCUAAAUGUAUAUCAGGCCAGACGACGAAGAGAGAGAGAGAGAGACCUUGGGUCAAAAACGUUUUAGAUCCUCUUGCAAAAAGGCAAACAAAUUUAUAUCAUAGUGUCUCUCAUUUCACUUUCUUCCGGCUGGAAAAUUUGGCAGUCAAUGAUCUCAUAUGGAUAGUUUAGUGAGCUUAUAAAACAAAGAAUAAAGGAAGAACCAAUCCGUCUGGAAGGAUAGGCCGUUGGGCGGUGUCGCCUUUCUCAGGAAAGAAGAAGAAAAAAAAAGUUCUCGUCUUUCCAUUCUCUCAUUUUCUUUUUUCCUUGCCAUACAUCUAUUCGUUUCUUUUAAAGUCUUUACUACAUUCAAUUCAUCAUCAAACGGAGACUUUUUAAGGCAUUCGAUCUUUAAAAGCUCCAGAUACUUCCAUUCCACUUUUGUUUUGUUUCUGUCGCGCUCACGGCCGUACAUCACGCGAUUGGUCGAUUGGCGAAUGCAUUUUCCGUUGGUAUGGCAACCAAGAAACAAAUUAUCCUGCGUUCUCCCAGUUUUAUUCAUUUUUAUUUAAAUGUAAUACGUUAGUUACGUUGCCCCGUAGGCUUUUCCUUUUCGAUAUUGACGAAAUGCAGAUGGUUGGCCGAUACGAAUCGUGUGUAUGUGUGUGGAUCUGUGGGAGGGCAAAUAUAAAGAGGGGGGGAUAUUCCUCCAACCCGCCGGAUCCAUUGAUCGGUUUCGCAGCAGAAGCGGCGGGGUUUUCUAUUCUUUGGGGAAUCAAGGCAUCCACCACUACCACCCGACGAAAUUUACGACAUCAGAGAAAGAAAAAAGGGGGGAAUAGUCAGAGAGGAAAUAUAUAUCCGACCCCGAAAAGAAGAAGAAGUAAGAAAAAAAGAGAGAGAAAGAGAGAGAGAGGGGGGAGCUCUCUCUCCACAAGAGUUAAAGAGAAAAGAGCUGUGUAUAUGUAUGUAGUACGUUGUACUCUUACUCUUUCUCUCCCCAGCACUUUUUCCCUCCCUCGUGUUUCGUUUGUAGCCGGCGUAGUCUUAUAUCAUAGACACGCCAUCUUGAACUCGAUUUCCUCCGACACACACGUAAAAGAAAGAAGAAAAAAAAACUUCCUAAAUAGUCGACAUGGGCCGCCGCUGAGCUGCCGCCGACUUUCAGAAAAACAGCAACUUUUGGUUGUUUCAUUCUCCAAACCCCGUUGCUCGGUAGAAUUUUUUUUUAAUGGAAAAAAUAACACUAUUAACAACUUGUGAGAUUCGCCUUCAUUUCUCUUCAUUUCCAUAUCAAGCGCAGAGACGCUGGGUCUUGGAUAAAUGCCAAGAACAAAAAAAAAAAGGGACCUUCAUUUAAAAACCAUCAAAAGAAGACAUUCUUCUUCUUCCUCGUUCUUCUUCGGGCUAUAUAGUGUGUAUAUAGAUACAUAAUAACUAGGCGCGCCGUUGCCAGUUCGAUAACCAAACCACCAUUUGUCCCGAGAGCCCGUCUUCAUUUCCUGCCCGUUUCGCCGUCUAUUCGUAAAGCAACACACACACAAAAAUGGAAAGUACCGCACCAACAAAAAUGUGAACAUUUUCCUCUUACAAAAAAAACAAACAAUAUAAUAAAUAAAUAAAUAAAAGCCACAGAGACUUUAUCGACAGAGAGAUUACCUCCGGAAUCACGAGACUAUGGCGAAUCAUCACAUAAAAAUGGGGAAUCCCCUUGCUUUUACUACUGUUAUGGCUAUAUCGAUAAUGGCCUGAGCACAGGUGACGGGAUACAAUGGCCGGCCGUUAAAAAAGUUCCGCGCAUCGUCGAAGUGAAAAAGAAAGAAGGGCCAAAACUCACAAUAUUUUGAAAUCGUAAGAGAAAAAAAAAACGGGGGACCCAAUACGCGACCACGCCAAUACGAGCCUCUUUUUUUUUCCACAUACAAAAACGCUAAAGAAAAGAUCAUUAAUACACGUCCGAGCAGACGAGGGGAAAGACCCAACCAACACGUUGCACCUCAACCGGACUAACGCCAUUGGUCCAAAACAAAAUUGAUCGAUUUUUCUCUCCCACACUUUGAAACAUCUACACAAACAUAACCAAACCCACCCUGAAAAAAAUAAAAAAACAUUCAAGGCAAAAUAAAAAUAAAAAGAUUUCUAAUUGAAGAAUGACAAGUGAUGGAUGGUCACCAGGUAACAUUGGUUAUGGUCCAAAGUCAAACAAGUCACAACACUAGUGUUAAAAAAAAUCCGCAUUUUUUUUUUUGGUAUGGAGUGGGAACCAUCUGCAAAGCAAUUUUGGAAGGCGGAGAAAUCGUUUUUUUCAGACUGUUUUUUUUUUUUUUCUUUUACAUCACUUGCGAUUUAUUUGAGUGUAAUUGCCGUAUAUCUAUAAAGGUCAACGGAAAGAGCAAAGAAGAAAAAAAACGGAAAGGUUGUUUUUACAUUUGUGCCUUACUGGCAUAAUAAAUGUUACUGACCGGACAUGGUUUAAACAAAACAGACCCAUAGUCUCUCUUAUAUUUUUUUUUUUGCACCAGCAAUACAAGAAAUGGCGGCGAUAGUGGCGGCGGCGGAAGGCCGGAACAGAUGAAGUAAAACGCAAUAAAAAUCAGUCGAAACCUCCAAAAAAAGAAGAGAAAAAAAAAACAUUGCCGGUGUGCAACAAUUUUUUUUUUCUGCAGGGAUUUCAGACUAUAUAGCAAUAGGCCAUGCCAGCUAAGGCCAAAGAGAGAGAAAAAAAACAGACGUUUUAUUACUCGCAGAGAUUCAUGGGUUCAAAAGAUGGAGGGGAUUUUCGCCGUCGUCGUCGGCAAAAUAGCCUCAACAUCAAUAAAAGAAUCUAGCCUAGAUAUUUUGCCCUCUUGUUUUUCAAGACAAGUUUUAAAAAAUCUUAAAAUUUGAAUGCUGCAAAAAAUUCCAUAGUCGCCUUUAAGAAAGAAAGAAAAAAAAAACACAAUAAUUCAACUGGUUCAAAAUGAUUUACGCGAAUUCCCGCCGAGCGUACAUCAAAUCAGCCGAAAUUCUUCCCUUCCAUUCUUUCCUUGAUGAUUUUUGAUUGAAACACGUAGAGAAUCAAAGGAGAAAUGUCUCUAUAUUUAUAGGAUAUUGGUAUACACACAAGUCGCACGGAUGGAAUCUGUGGCGUAAUUUAUGUGCGUGUGUGUCUGUGUCUGUGUGUGCGAGUUUUGUAACUCUGUACGCGCGCGCGCGGCCCCAGCCACUCGGUGCACCAAGGCGGCAAGGAUUUAUCGUUGUGCUACGUUGAAGGUGCACCAAUAGCUCACCGGCCCCAGGGCAAGACAUACGGUUGACAAUCAAAGAUAAAUCAUCAUACGAAAACGAUGGCCAGCUUGUUAUAGAUAUCUUUAUAGACGAGCGCGCGUAUUGCAGCCUAAAGGACGAAAAGAACCCCCCGCAAAUAUUCGGGCAAAACGCGGAGAAUCCGCAGGUUGCACCAAGAGCAGCUUCCAAUGCAAAUUCUGACCUCCCCGACUCUAGUCCAACUGCACAAAUAACAAACACACCGAGAGGUAUAUAUCACACAGAUUUGAAAAAGAAGCUCUUUCGUCGACAAUUUAUGGAUUCGGGUUAUGACGUUACACAGAGACGAGCCAUCGGGUAUGUCAUCGGAUCAUUUCUUUCAUUUUUCUCUUGUUUUUAUUUUCAAGGUGCCAAUUUAGUUGGCUAGUGAAAAAAAAGAGACUACAGUUAUUACACAGCCGCUACGUAAAACAAACCGGUUCAGUCUAUUUUUGAAAACGAAAAAAUAAAACGAGAAAAAAAAAUAAUACACACGGAAUUUUGUGUUGUGUGGCGAGGGUUCGCUCCCUUCCAACACCACCGGAUAUACACUACACCGGUUGUGAAACCCCUGGACGAAGACAAUAGAAACCCAUUUACAUUAAUGCUGCGCACAGAGGUACCCCCACUGAGUUGAAGCAGCAGGGACGCCAUUUCCCAAUGAUUAAACCAUUUCACUCGUCAUUAAAAUUGGAAAUAAAUCUUCUUUUAGACUCAUUCCUCAGUUUUUUUAAUUUUUAAUGUUAAAUAACUAAAAGACACCCGAACCCCGAUUUUGUGGGUUUAAAAAAUUUCAACAAAACACUGAGUCAAGCCUAUACCACAGCAUCAACAACAAAAAUGCGUGUCUCUCUCGACUUGAAAAAAAAAAAAAAAAAUCUUAUUUUUCAAAUUUAUCCCAGUUCAUUUUUGAAGGAAGCCGUAAAAAAGGGCGGGAUGCACUUGGGCGGGCGAUAUGAUUGGUCGAACCGGUGGUCACGUGUGUUGGUCACUUGGCGCGCGCAAAGAGUGUGUCUGUGUCGGGUGGAUGGCAAAGACAGCAAGAGAAAAAAAAAAAAAAAAGCCUCCGGAUCGGCGGCGGCGAUUCACGCAGCGGAGGGCGGGGGGAAGUCGCAAAGCGAACCCCCCUAUAGCGCAAGGCAAAAAGGGGGCUGUGGCAAAAGCUUUUUUUUUGCUUGCGCUCUCUAUUCUCCUCACAGCGAAAAAAACAAAUGGGCUAAGGGGAGAAAGAGAAUAAAAUAAAAAAAAGGCAACUACUAGCACACGCAAUGAGCAAAGAGCGCGCGCCCCAAUAGCCGCACUAACUCCAAAAACUCAACCCAAAAAGCAGCCGGGGGAAGGAAAAUAUGAGCUCUAACCUGCACAGUUGAGACGCCAGUAGCGUGAAACGGCCUCGCAUGUGCAAGGCUGGCGAUCAGAGGAGCUCUCUCUCUCUCUCUCUCGCUUUUCGUAUCUAAUCCUUCGGUUCGUCUUCAUUCACGAGCCGAGCUUCGGCCUGUUCGCUCUCAAAGUGAAAAGUCUCUGCGGACUACAUUUUUUUGAUUUCGUGAUUCUCAAGUUUUUUAGUGUUAACAAGACAACCCACCCAAAACUGAAUUAAUGCGGCAAAAAGGUGGUUGUUUUCAAACUGUACGGUUACAACAAGAAGAGUGCGACUUGAACAACACAUGACACGGGAGUUUGUCUCAUCUCAAAUAUCAUCAACGUCUCGGUAGUCCGUGUGAGUGUGUGUGUGAACGUGUGUGUGUGUGUGCUAGCGGUGAGCAAAAAAAGAACAAAUCAAGACAACGAACAUUCAAGACGGUUCUCCCACCCACCCAAUCUCAAACAUUUGAAAAUUGUAGUAAUCUUCUAUUUUGAAAACUGAUUUCAAAAAAUUGUUUGAUGGCGUGCAAAAAAGAUAGAUGAAAAAAAAAAUAGAGCCCUAGAACAAACACCAAAAAGAAACCGACAGAUAUUUUAUAAAAAAAAGAAUUUAUGUUUCCCCUCUCUUCACCUAUUUCCCGUAAAUUAGAAAUAGACAACAUAAAAAACAAAACAAAAAAACUAAUUUCUUCACGAGUGGCAAUUGUAUCAUUAUUUGGGGGUGGGGCGGCCCGAUUCUAAAUCAGUGAGUGCUAGUGUGACACCGAAGAAGAAGAAAAUGAGUUCGUACUACGUGUCAUCGUACGGCGGAGGAGGCGAUGUCGUUCAAGCCGAACACUAUCACGCUCCCGCACCUGUACACGUCAGCGUUGCUACGGGACACAACAGUGGAGGUGGUGGAGUCCAUCAUCCACAUGCUGGCAUGACGGGCAGCUUCGAAUCGGGACCUUACGAUCCGUCGAGAAUCUACCACAUCCAACCGCAACAUCAUAAUCAACAACAGCAGCAGCAGCAACAGCAACAUCAUCACCAACAUCAACAAAUGAGUUGCAAUCAGAAUAAUUACAAUCAACAAGGAUCCUACCCCGGACGCUAUCCACCAGCAUCCGGAUACACGAUCCAUCAACAGCAACAACACGGCAAAGAAGCGGGUGGCUACUUCGCUUCCGUUGGCCAGCAACAACAACAUCUCCGUUCCCAUCCGCAACAACAGGCCGUUGUCAUCGGUCAAUCGGAAGCCAACGGAAUCGUGUCGACGCAACAACAACAACACCUUUAUCGGCCGGCUUCGCCCAUGAUAAGCGCCAUGGCACCUCAACACGGGUCGCCUCCGUUGGGCAACUACACCGGUGGGGUAGUUGUAGGCCAAAUCACCAAACCUUUGGUGGUUCCUUGCCAAGGGGAGUCGUCGUCUUCGACAUCAACGAGUCCGCAAUUAUCGUCGAUACCUUACGGACACCCGACAUCGUUUCAAGCGCAACAUCAUCGCCAGAUAGUUGCCGGAGUGACUGGCCAGCAGCAGCAACAACAACAGCAUUUACUGAACCAUCAGCAGUACCUCAUCCAGCAGCAACAACAACAACAGCAGCAGCAGCAUUCCAUCGUGCAGAGCGAACACCCGGUAACGAGUUACAACAACCUCAACUCGUCGGUAGUUGAGGGCUAUCAACAGCACCCGGCCGUAGCUGAUAUGGCCGGCUAUCAGCAACAACAGCAACCCAAUCAUUCGCCACCAGUCAUGUACAACAACAAUAGCCGAUGUGCUAGUAAUGGCCAAAUGAGUAGCAACAACGCCAACAACAAUUAUAACGGCCAGCAGGUGUGCGGACACGGUCCGAUGGCUUCAUCUGCCGUGUCGGACGGUCCGGUCAUAGCCGAUCUCGAUCAACUACAGCAGCAGCAGAGACAACAACAGCAACAACAACAACUUUGCUCGGUCAACGGUAAAACGUUGCAUCCGGCGGCUUUAGCCAGCGGAGCGGACAACAGCCAACAGCAACCUAGCCAGCUUCUCCUCCAUUCCGCCAUCCAGCAACAACAGCAAACCGUUGAGUCGGACCAGCAAACACCUCAGCCACAACAACAAUCCUCGCAACGGCACGCACAACAACUCCUUGUGCCCGUUGGCGGAGGCUUAGUGAUACCCGGUGGCGCCGUCGUUUCCUCCGCUCAAGAAAUGACUGGCCAACCGGACGACAUGGUCCAGCACGGAGGAGACAUUCACGGAGACCUGCACGGCCACGGCGACGUCAUGAUGGAUCACCAUCACCACCUGACCAUCGACCUGCAUCAAGAACACAGUCCGCUAGAUGGCAGCGAUCACAUGCCUCCAUUAGACAUGGAUGGCGAAUCGCCACCCGGUUCCCUUCACGACAGUCCUCUCUAUCCGUGGAUGCGCAGCCAAUUCGCCGAACGCAAGAGAGGACGACAAACGUACACGCGUUUCCAGACGCUGGAACUGGAGAAAGAGUUUCACUUCAAUCGCUACUUGACGAGACGAAGGCGGAUCGAGAUCGCCCACGCCCUUUGCCUGACGGAACGCCAAAUCAAAAUCUGGUUCCAAAAUCGACGGAUGAAAUGGAAAAAGGAGAACAAAGCCAAACUGGACGCCGGAUGUCUGGAAGGACUUUUAGUCGAGCACGUCUUGUCUAUGCCGCAGUAGAAAUCAACAUGGUAGUUACUUGACUUGACCAAAACAAAAAAAAAAUAAAAUAAAAAAUACUUUUAUUUUCCUCCACUGGCUGUACGGUCAGGCCAACAACAAGAAAAAAAUUUCUCUUUUUUUGGCCUUUUCAAACUUUUGACCUCGACAUAAAAAAGUUGAAACGAAGAGCCGACGGGGAAAACAACUUUGCGCGGAAGAACAGAAAUACGUAAAAUCGAAAUGAUAUACAUCAAUCCAGUCCUAGUUAAAUGAUACGUCUCUCCUUCUUUUAAUUUCUGAUUUUUUUUAUUUUUUAUUUUCAGAGUUUUUUCUUCUUCUUCUUCUGUUCGUGGCCUUUGAGUUAUGUUUUUUUUUUUUUCAAACCUACAUAGGCCUCCUUUAUUAAGUGUAUUUGGCUACGAAUAUAUAUAUGCACGAUACUUUGAUUGUCUUUUUUUAUCUCAAUGUAAUUUUUUGUUUGAAAGCGAAAACAAGAUAAAGAAACGAUGGAAUAGGAGAGAAGAAAAACAAAAAAAAUAAAGACAAUAGAUUGGAAUUCUUCAGGAGAAAAUUCCGUUUCAAAAACAUAUUCUCUUUCAAUUUCGUCUCAUGUGAAUGUGUCGUGUGUGUGUCUGCAUUCUCUGGUGUGCGAGCGCGCGGUUUUGAUUGAUCCCAGACAAUUUGUCCGUCAAAAAUAAGAGAAGAAAGAAAAACAAAACAAAAAACAAAAAAGUUGUCACCGUUUUUCAUCUCUCAUCAGUCUCUUGCACGUCCCCUGGACUCAACUCUGUUCCUGGCCGCGCUGUGGGCGUCUUAUCGCUGCGGGAACACGCGCGCUCUCACCCACCCGCCCUGAAAAAGUAUACGAUUUUCUUCUUUCUUUUUUUUUUUUUCACAUCUAUUCAUCAGAAAAAUGUCUGUCUCUCAAUUUCGGUUUGCAUAUAAUAAUAAUUCUUGUUCCCACCGCCCACCCCCCCUUUUGUUCCCCGUCACACACCAAAAAAAAACUAGAAAAAACAGAAGAAAAAAAAAAGAUUAUGGAAGACGAGAAAAUGCGGUUUUUAUUCGUGUACGUGUCAUUGAAUUUCGUAUAGCAUAAUAAUAAUAAUAAUAAUAAUAAUACUAUAUUUGUUUGCGUUUGUUUGUGAAAUUGCCAGAUCCCGUGUUUUUCAUUUUUCAAAGAAUUUUUUUUUUGUAUGUAAAGAAAAAGAGGAAACGCUGAAAACUAAAUUACGUAAAAAUAGAUAAUGUCAAAAAAAAAACGAGUUCGAUUAAAAAGAAAUUUGUUUUCUAUGUCCAGUGUGUCAUCUGCUCUCCUCUGUAUACGUACACUGAUUUAAAAACAAGACAAAAGCAAAACUUUGACAUCUGGAGGAACUAUAACACAAUGGACACGCCCUUCAAAAUUAGCAAAUUCUUUUUUAAAAGGCUCCUCUAAAACCAAACGAAAAUGAGGAUGCCAAAUUUUUGUUUUUCUAAAGACACAACAACAAAAAAUGAUCCGGACUACCUCAUCCGAACGUCGCCCAAACAGCAAAAAAAAAAAUUAUAAUAAUUUAGAAAAGAAAAACAAACAAAAAAUGCUUGCGUGUGUCACUUGUGAGUGAAAGUUGUGUACAGUUGAAACAACAAAAAAAAACCCCAGAAAAUGGUAAGACUGUUUUUGUUUUUGUUUCUACAUUUAUGUAAAACUGCGUGUGCUGUACUCCGUUUUCUCGUCUAUUCACUGGCAAACACGUUCACACAUCGUCUGUAAUUGCAAUCAAAGCGUGUGAACUCCUCCAGUCCCUGUGUGUAAUGCUACCUGCCCACGCAACAGCAACCAAUCAUUUCUCCCCCCCCCCUUUAACGCAAAAAAAAACAAAAACAAAUCCCACCUUGAUGAUCCUCACUUUUGUAUAGAUGGUGGCAAUAAGUCGUAAGUGUAUGCUUGAGUGUGAUUGACUGUGAAUAUGAUAUACAAAAAACAUGAUCAUCUUCUCCUGAAA